CCGGAGAGGAGCGCAGCCUGGCCUGCGGCCGAGGCGGCUCGGGCCUAAGCCGGGGCUAGCUAGCCCCCCGGAGAGGGCAGAAGGGGCCGCCCCGGCAGGCCUAGUGGGGGCGCUGAGGAGGACUGUUGAAGCCUGGAAGUCCCUCCCCUUCCCCUUCCCCCUUUGCCGCUCUGUGGCAUCCCCUCCCUCUACCCUUUCCUGCUUUGAUAACCUGCUAUGACUAGCAGAAGUACAGCGAGGCCCAAUGGGCAGCCCCAGGCCAGCAAAAUAUGCCAGUUCAAAUUGGUCCUGCUGGGAGAAUCUGCAGUAGGGAAGUCCAGCCUGGUGCUGCGUUUCGUCAAAGGGCAGUUCCAUGAGUACCAGGAAAGCACCAUUGGAGCGGCCUUCCUCACCCAAUCUGUGUGUCUAGAUGACACCACAGUCAAGUUUGAAAUCUGGGACACCGCUGGGCAGGAGCGAUACCACAGCUUAGCCCCCAUGUACUACAGGGGUGCCCAGGCUGCAAUUGUGGUUUAUGAUAUUACUAAUCAGGAAACUUUUGCCCGGGCAAAGACAUGGGUUAAGGAACUACAGCGGCAAGCCAGCCCUAGCAUUGUUAUUGCCUUGGCAGGGAACAAAGCUGACCUUGCCAACAAGCGCAUGGUGGAGUAUGAAGAGGCACAGGCAUAUGCAGAUGACAACAGCUUGUUAUUUAUGGAGACUUCAGCCAAGACUGCUAUGAACGUGAAUGACCUCUUCCUGGCAAUAGCAAAGAAGUUGCCAAAGAGUGAACCCCAGAAUCUGGGGGGUGCAGCCGGCCGGAGUCGGGGCGUGGAUCUCCAUGAGCAGUCUCAGCAGAACAAGAGCCAGUGUUGUAGCAACUGAGGGUGGCUAGCAGCAAACACGUGGAGUUAGCACGAGAGCUAAGACGUAACCUCCAUCCCCACCCCUCAGCACACAGCCCCUAUGGUAACAGCACACUGAGCCCUGGCUCCCAAGGGCUGCCUCCUGACAGCUCCGUCAUGGCACUUUUUAACGCUUCAGCAACCAACACCAGGCAGCUGUUGCCACUAUAUGCCCUACUCUGGGGUUUGGGGUCAAAUCUCCCCAGGACCUUCCUUCCAAAACAAACUUUCUUCACUUCGUAUUCUAGGUGCAAGACAGUGACCUCCUCAUUGUUGCCCCCACUGUGUCCCUUCCCAGGGUUCCCUCUCCCACCUCCCAUCACUCCCUGUUCUUGAUCCUGUUCCUUCCUCUUCCCAAGAUGAUGAAAGGUACACCCAGGGACCCAAAAGGGAGACAAUGUAAUCUUAGUUACAUUAAGGGCCCUGCAGGGACAGUAAGGCUCAGAGCAGGAGGGAGUAAGGAGGCAUUUCUUUUUUGUUUUAUUUAUCUGGUAGGAGUUUCUUGUGGAUGAAACACUGCAGCCCCGUGAGUUGGACUUGUGGAGGGUGUUCCUAGGUAGGAGUGAGACUAGGGAGGCAGGCUCACGGGCACCAUAGGAGCUGUAUUAGCUAACUGGAUAAAGGUCGAGGUGCAGUGUCAUCUGUGGCUCUGAAACUUGUCCCAAGGCUGUUUUCCCUCACCCAUUUACCCCCCACUCCAGUGUGGGGAUUGGACCUCAGAGUGCUCCAAAGAAUCUUCACUGGUUGCCUGCACCUUUAGCUCUGCUGUUAUCUAACUGGAGGAGGUACCAGUUUCUGAUACCCAUCCUCUCUUUUAUACAUAGGCAUUUCCCCUACCUGGCCUUGAGAUGGCCUUAGCCCCAGACGCCAUGCCCCUGCAGUUUGCACUUUAAUUGAUGAUAGGAUACAUGUUUAUUGAGGUUUUGAUUGAUUUACCUAUCCUUCAACCUUUUGAUUAAAUGGAAUCUACAAUGUAUGAGGUUUGGGAGGCACUAUAGUAAACUAACAGUAGCAGCUACUCAAGCCCAGUCUCCACUGCUAGCCUCCUCUGAUUCAUGCCUCUAUUCUUGGGUAGAGGUUUGUCUGAGUAACUGGGGCAUGGCCUCGGAAUAGCGUGGAGUGAAGAAGGGUCAGGCAAAGGGAGUAUUCCGUCUUCCCAGGGCUCGCAUUCAGCUUGCUGUAUCUUACCGUGUCUUUUCUACUUCCCUGUAAAUACUUAGUCUUUAUUGUCACUCACUGUGCAGUCUGUUCUGUCUCCUGUUGCCCCUUUUCUUUUCUCUUUUGUUGGUAUUUUGAGUUUAGUUCCUCCCUCACCCCCCCAUGCUUUCUUAAUCCAUGUACCACUUGGGGUUCCUGCCACAGAGGCCACUGGUCCUGUGACAGGUGCAGCUAGACCUGAAGGUGCUCACAGCUGCCUUGUGUCGUCAGAGCGCUUUGGUCCUUCCUAAGUCUCUGCCUCUACGUCUUUCAUUAGGUGUUUUGGGGUGUCUGUGGGAAGCCAUCAAAGCAAGAGGGAACUCUGUUCUUUUGGGUGUUAGCCAGAAUUUUGGGGAAGUCUCUAGAAGAAAGAAGAGCCCACAGUAGCCAGAGUUCGGGCCUUUCUUUCUGUCCCUGUGGCUUACAGGCUGCCUUUUCUUUCAGGGCAGCUGAGGGCUCCAUGAUGCCAAGACUCUCAAGGACCCCGCUUAGCUUCUUCCACUUAGGCCUCGGUUCUCUUCCUUUCCAGGGGCAGCCUUAGUUCUCAUGGCCCUGAAACACACACAGUUUCCAACUUUGUUUUCCUAGAACCUGUUAGUCCUCCAAAACAUCCAGGUGCAGCCUUUUUACAAGUUGAAAACCUAGGGAGGCUACAUCUCGUAGAGACUUAAUUCCUUCUCUGCAGUUUCCAUGGGACAAAGUGAAGAUGUUUCAUUGCCUAGAGGCUGGGAGGCCAUUUCCCUAGGCUUUUCUGCUCCCUUCCUCCCUUAGGAACAGUAUUGGCCUUGGCUCCUGGGCCCGGCUGCUGCCUCCCCUCCACUCCUACCAGCUCUUCUGCCUUCAUUUGAGCUCUGUUGGGCUUGGGGUUCUUGUUCUCUCCCCGCCCUCCCAUUAUCUUUUUUCUUUUGAUCAAAUUUUAAGGGGAGGGGGUCAUCUUUUUUUUUUUUUGUUUUUUUUUAUUCCUAAGAAAGCAUUUGCCUUUCUUUCCCUCUCCUAACAUAACAAUCGUGGUAACAGAAUGCAAUUGCUGAUUUAUCGAUGUAUUUAAGUAAAAAGGGAAAAAGAAAGUG